AUGGCUGCAGUUGAUCAUUCUACCACUGGAGAAAUAGUUCCACAAAAUAUAAAAAUCAUUAAAAAAGUAUUAAAUGGUUAUGUUGGGUUUGCCAAUUUACCAAAGCAAUGGCACAGAAAAUCUAUUAGAAGAGGAUUCAGUUUAAACAUUAUGGCCAUUGGUGAAAGUGGAUUGGGUAAAGCCACUUUAAUUAAUACUUUAUUUAACCGUGAUAUUAUAAUCCUGCAACAUGAUUCAGAUGAAUUUGAUGAAGGUGAAGAAGAAGAUGUUUCGGUCAAGAUUAAAUCGACCCAAGCAGAAAUUGAAGAAGAUGGUGUCAAAUUGAAAGUAAGUGUUAUUACUGCUCCUGGGUUUGGUGAAUCAAUCAAUAAUGUUGAGGCUUGGAAACCAAUUGUUGAUGAGAUCAAUAGUAGAUUUGAUUCUUAUUUAGAAGCUGAAUCAAGAAUUAACAGAACUGCUGUUGUUGACAAUAGAGUUCAUGCUUUUCUUUAUUUUAUUGAACCAACUGGUCAUUCAUUAAGAGCAUUGGAUAUUGCCUUGAUGAAACAAGUUCAUGAAAAAGUUAAUUUGAUUCCCGUUAUUGCUAAAUCUGAUACUUUGACUGAUGAAGAAAUUUUAGAAUUCAAACAUAGGAUAUUAGCUGAUAUUAGUCAUCAAGGAAUCAAAAUUUUUAAACCCACUGAUUUUGAAUAUGAUGAAGAAGAAUCUGCCAAUACUAGACUGAUUAUAGACAGUUUCCCAUUUGCCGUUGUUGGCUCAACCAAAGAAGUUCAAACUCCUGAUGGCCGUUUAGUUAGAGGAAGAAAAUAUCCAUGGGGGGUUAUUGAAGUUGAUAAUGAAAAUCAUAAUGAUUUUGUUAAAUUACGCCAAUUAUUGGUUAGAAACUUUUUAGAAGAAUUAAAAGAACAUACUGCUAAUGUUUUAUAUGAAAAUUAUAGAACUGAAAAGUUGAAAAGAAUGGGUAUUGAACAAGAUAAUACUGUUUUCAGAGAAUUUGAUCCUGCUGCUAAACAAGAAGAAGAAAGAGCUUUACACGAAGCUAAAUUAGCCAAGAUGGAAGCAGAAAUGAAACUGGUUUUCCAACAAAAAGUGAGUGAAAAGGAAAAGAAAUUACAAAGAUCUGAAGCUGAUUUAUUUGCUAGACAUAAAGAAAUGAAAGAUAAAUUGACUAAACAGAUUAAAUUAUUAGAAGAGAAAAAAGCUCAAUUAGAAAAACAAAAAUUGUUACCACAAGACCCACCAGUACAACCAGCUCCACAAAAGAGUCGUAAAGGAUUUUUACGUUAG